GAAGACAUGUGAAUGUUUGGUCUAAAGAGGGUUAGUGCUGACUUUGACGUAUUGACGUAAGGGGUAAAUCAGCCAAACAUGGAAUGUCACUCGUAUUACAGGCCACCAUCUUCAUCACCAGCUUCAUCACCAGUCCUUCAACCAGACUCUACCCCCGCUUGGCACCCGCCCCCGUCAACCCGCACCCUAUCAAUAUCGACUUAUCGAGGCCAGACACGAUGCCAGACCUCUCUACACUCUCAACCCUGUCAUCUUACACCUUUGGCGGGCUCUGCGUCCUCUCCGCCCUCCCAUUCAUCGGCAUCCCAUUCCCCAACCACCGCGCCACAGACUACUACGCCGGUAAAUGCGAAUGGAUGUCACAAAUAUUUGACCGGCGCGUCAGCCCGCGACAAGCCGGAUACUUUGGGGCAGCUUUACGCAUCGCAGUAGGAGCGGCCGUCGUGGCCCCCGAGACGAGGGAGCCCGCGCUGCUCUUCAACGGGGCUAUAGUCACGUACGGGACCAUCAGGGCUUAUGUAGAUGGGCGACCUAUGCUUCCGCAGUGGGGAAUGCUAGCGGCGAUGGCGGUUUGUCUAGGUCUUGGGCGUUUUUCGCAGGUUAAUACUGGUGGAGGCUUGCUUCGCGACUGAAGGAGCUUUCUCACGUUGGAAUGAUGCUUGACUCAGAUUCCAGGAGUUCGGGAGUAUGAUUGUUCAAAGUUGCAUGAUGGGUGCGAUGGUUGAGUGUGCAUGUGGCCCCGGCCUUGGAUUCAU